AUGCUAUCACCGUACCUAAAGAGCCUGUCCAUGGUGGCAGCCAACAAGAUGCUGCACCUCCUGGAGGCCUUCUCCACCCCCUGGUUCCUCUUCUUCUCCCCCCAGAACUACCACUUGGUCUUCUUCCUGCUGGAGGUCUUCAACAACAUCAUCCAGUAUCAGUUUGAUGGUAACUGCAACCUGGUGUACGCCAUCAUCCGUAAGCGUACUGUUUUCCACCAGUUAGCCAACCUGCCAUCUGACACAGCAGCUAUUCAGAAGGCCCUGCAGAAGAAGAAAAAGUCUGGGAUUUCCAGGACCAACUCUAUAGAGACAGUGUCCAUGGAGGGCUCCAGACCAGCUGUACCGGCUGAGCCCAGCACACUCAAAACCAGCUUAGAGGCCACCCCAGGUAUUCGAUUAGGUGAUGAUAUAUUUCCCAUGAUGCUUCUCCAAGGAGGUUCACACAUGUGA